AUAACAUUAAUCUCAAGCAUCUCAAUCACAAACAAGACUUGAGGAAGAAACUAGAAAGAGCUCUCCUAUACUUGCACAGACAUGGCUUCAAUGAGCAUGACAGCCUCUCUUCUUCCGAGCUCGAGCUCCGUUUUGACUAGACUUCCUUCGGGAUCGGCUCGUAGAGGUGCAAUUGUGGCCAAGGCGACCGGCAGCGAUCAAGGAGAGAAGGGAAGCUUGGAAAUGAAGCAAGAGAGCAGCAAUGGGAGGCGGGACUUGGUUUUUGCAGCAGUAGCAGCUGCUGUCUGCUCUUUUGCAAAUGUUGCAAUGGGUGAAGAGCCUAAACGUGGGACUCCAGAAGCUAAGAAAAAGUAUUCUCCUGUUUGUGUAACAAUGCCUACUGCUAGCAUCUGUCGCAAGUGAGAAACCUUUUGUUCAUCUAUAUUUAGUGUCGAUUUGUAUGCCAGAAUCAUCUACUUUGUUGUUUGGAAACUUGCAUCUUUUUAUUGGACAACCCUCGUUCUAUAUA